AUGUCGCGUCGGCGCAUGGUGGGCUUCUGGGCCCUGGCCUCCUUAGGCACAGGAUCCGAUGCAACAUUGAUAGGCAAGCGGGCCAUUCAGACGCAGCCCAUCGAGAUAAUUGACGGAUCAAAGACGUUGUAUGACACUUUGACAAGCACAUUUCUUCUGCAAAGCGAUGAUUCCUACGUUCCCCCUACCCUCUAUGGACAUGGUGAUGCAAACACGACAUACAACAUUCCCCUCGCGGACCAGCAGCCAUCAUGUGGGACUGUCAUGGUCGAGAGCCAUGUAACCAUAUUAUCGUCGACUGACCGUAUGAUAUCUGCGCCUGAGACAACCACUCUGCCUACCCAAAAUCCAUGCGACAUAGUUACCGUGAUCGUCAGAAUGCAAGGCUACAGGAAAGGCGAUACAAAGGCACCUGUCUCCCAAGCUCCGGCCUUGACUUCAUCUCCAUCCGAGCCCGAAAGCUCAGCCGUUAAUUCAGAUCCUACAGCAAUUGACCAAGAUACUGAGAGUACUGCUGUUCCUACGAUCCAGACUUCUUCCCAGGAUGGCCCUGCCACUUCUUCAGGUUCUACAGUAGUGGGCCAGGACACUAGUAGCUUUCCUGCACCUAUGAAUAAGAUUCUUGCUCAGGACGGCUCCACCACUGCUUCAGAUCCUACAGUGCCAUGGACUACAAUGACCACUCAAGGAACUGGUACUGCAACUAUGACCAGCACGCAAUCUCCAACUAGACCUGGUGACACAGGAACGGUUUGGGUCAUGGCCCCCAGGUCUCAAAUGACUUCGGAUACCCCGAUUGACUACACCACCAUCACGAGCACUGGUACCGGCACCGAAACUGGUACUUACACCAUCACUGAGUCCCCGUCAGGAUCUGGUCCUGGUACGGUGGUGAUUGUGGUACCGAGCCCAUUAGCUCAAUACGUUACCGUGACAUCCUAUGAUAGCUCGAUCACAGCUGUUGCCACGAGUACAAUAACUCCCAGUGCUCCUGGCGGAACUGGUACUGUUGUUGUCUAUGACCCAUACGAAUGGGAGACCGUCACAUCUUAUGAUCCUACCGCCCCAUCUGACCAUACAGCAACUAUGUGGCCUUCUGCGUCUGGUCAUGUCGGUACGGUAGUCAUGUAUAUGGCAUACAAAUGGGUGACAGUCAGCUCUUAUGACGCAACAAUCUCAGCUGCAUCUACAAAGACUAUAUCACCACCCUCUCCAGAGCAAACAGGUACCGUGGUGAUAUACCAGCCAGAUCCAUGGGUUACAGUCACUUCCUAUGGAAGUGUCACGGCAGCGUCAACAAAUACUGUAUAUCCAACUGGUCCGGGCGCAACGGGCACCGUUGUUGUAUAUCAGGCCUAUCAAUGGAUGACCGUCACCUCUCACGAUCCAAGAAUCGCAGCCCCGUCCACAACCACUCUAUCACCAGAUCCUGGAGCGCAAACAGGCACUGUGAUGGUAUAUGAGCCUUAUCACUGGGCUACAGUCACUUCUUAUGGAGAUUUCACAGCUGACUCUACAUCUACCAUAUCUCCAACUGCCCCAGAUGCAACAGGCACCGUUAUCGUGUACCAGACUUAUCAGUGGACGACGGUCACAUCCUUUGGAGAAUUUACAGCUACAUCGACAUCUACCAUAUCCCCUUCCAACCCAGGCCAAACGGGCACUGUAGUGAUCUUCGACCCACAGCCAUAUACGACUGUCACUUCCUUUGGAGAUUUUACAGCUGCAUCGACAUCUACUAUAGCUCCACCCGCACCAGGUCAAACAGGCACCGUGUUAGUCUUCGAUCCACAGCCAUACGUAACCGUUACUUCGUACGGAGGUUAUACGACUGAAUCCAGAACUACCAUGACUCCAUCUGUCCCGGGUCAAACUGGCACCGUGGUGGUCUUUGAUCCACAGCCAUACACGACCGUUACUUCAUACGGAGAUGUUACGGCUGAAUCUAGAACCACUAUAGCUCCAUCUUCUCCAGGGGAGACGGGAACCGUGGUGGUUUUCGAUCCACAGCCAUAUACGACCAUUACUUCGUAUGGAGCCAUUACGGCUGCAUCCACUACCACAAUGGCUCCAACUAUCCCUGGGGAGACAGGCACCGUAAUAGUCUUCAACUCGCAGCCAUAUUCGACCAUUACGUCAUAUGGCGCCGUUUCGACCGCCACCACGUACACCUCACCUCCCCCCUCUCCUGGCCAGACAGGUAUCGUCUUGAUUAUGAUGCAACAACCUUAUACGACCGUUACUUCGUAUGGAGACGUUACAGCUGAAUCAACUACAACAAUCGCUCCAUCUGCUCCCGGGGAAACAGGUACUGUCGUGAUAUUUGAUCCGCAGUUGUACGUGACUACCACGAGAUAUGGAAGUGUUACAGCUGCCUCAACAACAACUCAAAGCCGUGAUGGGUCCAACCCAACUCUUACCGUCCUGGUUGAUCUCCCCCAGCCUUACACUACAUUCACUAGCUAUGGCGCCUUCACCGUAGCCACCACUAGAACAUACCCGCCCUCUGUUGCAGGGCAGAUCGGAACUGUAGAAGUCGAUCUCCCCCAACCUUAUACCACCGUCACGAGCUACAAAGAUGGUCUGACUACAGCUGAGACUACAACAUACUCACCCGAUGUUCAAGGAAAGUUUGCUACUGUCGAGGUUGAUAUGCCUCAGUCCUACACGACGGUCACAAGCUACAUUCCAGGUCUCGCAGGCCCGGCAUCCACAACCUUGCCGGCGUCUAAUCCAGGUGACGUGAUGACUGUAGUCGUUGGUCUUCCCCAGCCCUAUACAACUAUCACGACGUACGUGGACAGCCUGACUGCACCCCAGACUAUGACAAGUCAACCGGCCAGUCCUGGUGACCCUGCUACAGUUAUUAUUGAGAGCCCAUUGGGACAUACGACUGUCACGACUUAUGUUGAUGGCUUAUCUGCUCCUGUGACCACAACAAAGCAGCCUGCGAAUCCUGGGGAUCCAGCCACCGUUGUUAUCGAGAGCCCUCUGGUAUACACAACUAUCACGACCUAUAUGGAUGGCCUGACGGCACCUCUGACUACCACAAACCAACCGGCUAAUCCCGGAGACCCUGCCACUGUCGUUGUCGAGAGUCCUCAGGCGUACACUACCGUGACUAGUUAUGGCUCUUGGACUCAACCUCUUACUACAACAUUGUCACCUACUGGCCCUGGAGGCGUGGCCACUGUUCUUAUUGAGAGUCCUCAGCCUUACACGACUGUGACCAGUUAUGGCCCCUACCCAGCAGUAACAACCACUACAAUGGCACCAGCAUCACAAGGUGAUGUAGCGACUGUUGUUGUGCAGUCACCCCAACGAUAUACGACUGUGACCAGCUAUGGCCCCUACCCAGCAGUAACUACCACUACCAUGGCUCCUGUAUCUCAGGGCGGAGUAGCGACUGUAGUUGUGGAAUCACCCCAGCCUUAUACGACUGUGACAAACUAUGGUAGCUUUACAGCAGCAUCAACCACCACAAUGUCACCAGCGUACCAAGGCGGUGUAGCUACUGUCGUUGUGGACUUGCCUCAGUCCUACACAACUACUACAAGCUGGGGUAGCUUCACAGCCACUAGUACCACUACCAUAUCGCCAACAUCUCCCGGCGGCGUUGCCACUGUUGUUGUUCAACGACCCCAGUCCUAUACGACCACCACAAGUUGGGGUACCUUCACAACAACUGGUACCACUACCUUAUCACCAACAUCUCCUGGCGGCGUUGCUACAGUGGUCAUGCAGAAACCACAACCAUACACCACUGUAACUAGCUACACCACUGUUGUCUCAAGCGCCAGCACAUCCACUGGGACUCCCGCUUCCGCCGGGCAAACUGCCACAGUGGUGGUCGUCGCUCCCGCAGUUGGAACCAAGGCUGCAGAUCAAACAUGUAACAACGGUGGUCUGGAAUACGCUAUCUAUACCAACUCGUACUACAACUCUGAUCCGCCUAACUACUCUGCCCUCAACAUAGCAUAUUUUGGCACAGCUACACCCACUUACACUGGUGUCACAAGCUCUAUAGGCAUUACAGAGCCAGGAGGAGUCAAAGCAGGAAACUCAGGCCCAGCCCAGGUUAUCUAUCCUGGCGCGCCAAGUCAGACAUGGCAGUAUAAGGCUGUUAAUCACCGGGCAUUCUUAUAUGCGCCUAUUAGCGGUACUUACUCUGUUGUUGUCCCUUAUUCUGAUGAGGUUACACUGGUUUGGUUCGGCAACAAGGCUCUGUCAACAUGGACACGUGCCAAUGCAGAUCUGGAGCAGGAUUACUCUUCAGGGCCUUCCAGUUCCAAGACUUUCAAUAUACAGCUGACAGCCGGCACUUACACGCCAUUCCGGGUUUUCUGGGCCAAUGCCCAGGGAGACUACUCAAUGAUAGUUACUGUCACAGCUCCAGACGGUACUGUCAUCGUCAAUGGCUCUGGAUCCUCGAGCAAAUACUUUGUUAGAUUUGCUUGUGAUUCUAGUACACCUUCUUAUCCUGCAUUUGGAAAGGGCGGUUAA